GGCUGGCGCCAGUGCAGAAAUGAGGAAGAGCAUGUUGUGAUUAUUCGCACGUGUGAAGACAUCAAGCUCUGUUUAGAACUGAUAUAGUUCGAAUUUAGGUUGAUAAGAUUUGAUUACAUCUGCAUCUGCUGCAGAGAAUCGUUAGGUCUAGACCAAAUAUCUCUUUAAGUCCUCAGAUCGUUAGGUUUUUGGAAAGUGACAACAUCGUGAUUCCCAGUCACUCUAACCCUUUAAUUCGUACUAGUUUUGCCAAGAAAAAAGUAAACAACGCAGAUAAGAAUGCCAUCAAAUCAAUCCACUGAAGUCUUGCCAGAGGGUUUCAAAUCAUGGCAAGAAUUUAAUAAGGCUAAGAAAGAGAGAAAGAGAUUGAAACAGGAUUAUAAGAUAAAAAAGAUGGAAGAAAAAAAGCAGAAGGAAGAACUAACCAAAUCAUCUGGUGUCAACACUGAACCAAGUACAUUUAAAAAAACUAAAGUCCGUGAAGAAGAGCCUUCUACCCUGAGUAUUGCUGUACCAGGCUCUAUUCUUGACAAUGCACAGUCAGUUGAAUUGAGAACGUAUCUGGCCGGUCAGAUUGCUAGGGCAGCUUGUGUUUUUAAAGUGGAUGAGGUCAUUGUGUACGAUGAUAUUGGAAUCCAGGACAAUGUAACAGCAAAAACAAUUAAUAGUUUAUCAGACAGUGGUGAAGUUCGUCCUGCUAGGAGAUGCUGUGCUCAACUUGCUAGAAUUUUGCAAUAUUUAGAGUGUCCUCAAUACUUAAGGAAAGAGUUUUUCCCCAAACAUCAUGACUUAGACUAUGCAGGAUUGUUGAAUCCACUUGAUGCUCCACAUCAUAUGAGACAGCAAGAUGAUGGACAGUUUAGAGAGGGUAUUGUAAUCAACCAACCUGCCAAAAACGGCUGCUAUGUGAAUGUUGGUUUACUUAAAAAUGUGAAAGUUGACCGACCACUUCAACCUGGAGUGCGAGUUACAGUGGAAAUGCUCCCUUCUCCUCCAGAAUCUAAAAGGCUUUUUGGGCGUGUCGUUCCACCAACUAGACCAAAGAAAGAGACAGGAGUCUACUGGGGGUACUCUGUUCGGCUCGCAAGCUCCUUCAAUGCCGUCUUUACCGAGUGCCCUUUCAAAGAAGGUUACGACGUCACAGUUGGAACAUCUGAGCGUGGUGAACGAGUGGAAAAGGUUACUCUUCCAUCUCACCAACAUGCACUGGUUGUUUUUGGUGGUCUAGCUGGAAUUGAGGCUGCUCUUGAGGCUGAUGAAGUGCUCAUGGUCGACAAUCCUGCCCUCCUUUUUGAUUUCUACUUGAAUACAUGUCCGGACCAAGGAAGUAGGACAAUUAGAACUGAAGAAGCUAUAUUGAUUACUCUGGCUGAGUUAAGAAGCAAAUUUCAACCAAAGGUUGAGUUCAAGAUAAAACAAACUGAAACAGACCAUGGUGACAAUGACAGUAACAUAUCUGUCGACUAUGAAGAUGAUAAAAGUAGCAAUAAUCAAGAAGCAUGUAAUGAAACCCCUUCGAUUCCCGUCAAAAAUGUUGAGAACAAUGUGACUGAAAAUCUUGAUGUUAGUUUGGAGACAGGAGAUGCAAAUUGUGAUAAAAAAAAGGCAAAAAAAAGGAAGAAAAGUAAAGAAGUUUGAAGCUGUUAUAACUCCACAAUUUUAUUAUAACUCCAGGACAAAAUACUGUGAUACCAGCAAAGUCAAUAUAGAAAUACCAAACAA